UUCCUCUCCGCUCCGUGUGGAGGAUCUCAAAGCAGCCGAGAUAAGUGGAGGCUUUCAUUGCAGAGGGAGCCGGGUUCCCCAAGUGCUCCUGAAGCCGCAAAGCUUAGGGCGAGGGCGGCGCCCCGCGUUCCUCAGCCGCCUGCCAGGGGGAGUUUCCAGGAAGUGGCCAUAUUGGAUUCAUUCACUUGCAUCAAUCCAGAGACGAGAGCAGGUUUUUACAAGACGGAUCGAGGGCCAUAGAUCUGCAGGAAGACCUCCUUGUUCUUUGCUCCCUGGAUCUCUCCAGCCAUGGCCACUACGGACCUAGAGCGCUUUUCUAAUGAGGAGAAACGGAAUCUUUCUCUGGGGGGCCAUGUUGGAUUUGACAGUCUUCCUGACCAGCUUGUCAGCAAAUCUGUAACACAAGGCUUCAGCUUCAACAUCCUCUGUGUGGGUGAAACGGGAAUUGGGAAAUCCACGCUUAUGAAUACUCUUUUUAAUACAACGUUUGAGACUGAGGAAGCCAGUCACUAUGAGAACACGGUUCGCCUACGGCCACGGACUUAUGAUCUGCAGGAAAGCAAUGUCCAGCUGAAGUUGACAAUUGUGGAUGCUGUGGGGUUUGGGGAUCAAAUAAAUAAAGAUGAGAGUUACAGGCCAAUAGUUGAUUACAUUGACAUGCAGUUUGAAAACUACUUACAAGAAGAGCUAAAAAUACGGCGUUCUCUUUUCAAUUAUCAUGAUACAAGAAUCCAUGUCUGCCUUUACUUUAUCACUCCAACUGGACACUCACUUAAGUCCUUGGAUUUGGUAACCAUGAAGAAAUUGGAUAGUAAGGUGAACAUUAUCCCUGUAAUUGCCAAAGCUGACACCAUUUCCAAGAGUGAGUUGCACAAGUUUAAGAUCAAGAUAAUGAGUGAGCUGGUCAGUAAUGGAGUCCAGAUCUAUCAGUUCCCCACGGAUGAUGAAGCUGUAGCUGAGAUUAACUCAGUGAUGAACGCUCACCUGCCAUUUGCUGUUGUGGGAAGUACAGAAGAGGUAAAAGUUGGAAACAAAAUGGUGAGAGCUCGGCAGUAUCCAUGGGGUGUGGUACAAGUUGAGAAUGAAAGUCAUUGUGACUUUGUGAAACUGCGAGAAAUGCUGAUCCGAGUCAACAUGGAAGACCUUCGGGAACAAACUCAUACCCGCCACUAUGAGCUGUACAGGCGGUGUAAGCUGGAAGAAAUGGGAUUCAAAGAUACCGAUCCUGACAACCAACCUUUCAGCCUUCAGGAAACAUACGAGACAAAAAGAAAAGAGUUCCUUUGUGAACUGCAGAGGAAAGAAGAAGAAAUGAGGCAGAUGUUUGUGAACAAGGUCAAGGAGACAGAGUCUGAACUGAAAGAAAAAGAAAGGGAACUGCACGACAAGUUUGAACAUCUAAAAAGGAUACAUCAGGAAGAAAAGAGGAAGGUGGAGGAGAAGAGAAGAGAGCUGGAGGAAGAGAUGAAUGCCUUCAACCGGCGAAAGGUGGCAGUUGAAACGCUGCAGUGUCAGUCUUUGCAGGCCACUUCACAGCAGCCGCUGAAGAAGGACAAAGACAAGAAAAAUUAAUCUCACACACAGACUUAAAUGCCAGGAGCGGACUUUGUGCAUUCAUGUGUUUAGUUGCUUGAGCUUCCACCUGUGAUCCAUUCUGCCCAUACCAUUAUGCGAAUGAGCCAGCGUGAAAGACAAAAUGACCAUCUUCUGUGUUUCUCAGUGAAAGGACUGGGUCUAUGCAGGAUGGAACUUAAAAAAAGAAAAAAGAAAUUACUAACCUUGUAUUUGCAAAUUCCCCCAUAUGCAUUGCAAUGCCUAACUCUGAAAUUAGCAGGGGUUUAAUUUAUUUUAAGCCUAAUACAUCUAUUUAUAUACUAACACUACCUAUCCCUAAUAAAUUAACCAUUACAACGUAACUAAGACAUUAAACAUGAAAAUUACCUUGGGGAAUCUCAUUUGUUUUAUCUUUUAAAAUAAUUUUGGUGUGAAGAAAUCACCAAAAUGUUUUGAAUAAACCAUCACUCGAAUGUGUGGUGACACUUUGAAUUUCUUGUUUGAAGAAGACUGUUCCAGCUUCACAACUUCCACUCUAGUGGUAUUAUUUAAACAAAAACCCUAAAUAUCUUUAAUAUUUGUAGUAGUAAUAAAAGUAAUAUUACAGUGUUUAGCUUUCCUGUACACCUGAAGUACAGCAUUAUUAAAUAGGAAUUUUAAGAGAGCUUGCACUCAUUGUAAUUAUGGAACUAUGAAUGAGACAUCAUUCCAUUUAUUGUACCAAUGUGUGCUGAUGUCUGAGUAAUGUUUCAUCCUGAAUCAAAAGUAUGAUGUAGAAAACUGCAGUUUAUUUUUAAUACCUUUAAUUAUCACUGUACACUCCUUUAAAUGUACAGUUUGGAGAACCAGUUUGGUGUAGUGGUUAAGUGUGCAGAAUCUUAUCUGGGAGAACUGGGUUUGAUUCCCCACUCCUCCACUUGCACCUGCUAGCAUGGCUUUGGGUCAGCCAUAGCUCUGGCAGAGGUUGUCCUUGAAAGGGCAGCUGCUGGGAGAGCCCUCUCCAGCCCCACCCACCUCACAGGGUAUCUGUUGUGGGGGAGGAAGGUAAAGGAGAUUGUGAGCCGCUCUGAGACUCUUCGGAGUGGAGGGCGGGAUAUAAAUCCAAUAUCAUCUUCUUUAAAGAAGGUUUUCUUUCUACUGUUUCUAAAAAUGCACAUUUAAAAAACUUGUGAAUUUGCUUUACUGCAAUGGCUGAAAAUAAAAGUACACAGGACUGUUAUAUUUCAGCAACAGUUACUAUCCUCUUUUUUGUAGGAUGAAACUGAAAUAAGGAAUGAAUAUCACUUUCAGAGCAAGAUUUCUCUUGAAUUCCCUUUAAUUUAGAGUAUUGUUGACAAUCAUAGAAGCACUUAGAUGUGAACAUUUCUUAAAAUUACAUCUCUGUGUGGUGACUUACGUUCUUUAGACAAACAAACAAACAAACAAGACUUGCAUGAGUGGGGGACCAUCUGACCUAAUUCCAAAAUCUCCAGAUUUUUGACUAAAGAUAAGGGGACUCUUGACAUAACCUAAGACUUUCAAAUAAGAAUUUGCUUUGCCAAACACCUUGUGACAAGAUAUAUUUUGAAAUAAGAGUUUGUGAAGGAUUUCCCCAGCUGCUGAAUAACUAGUUGCCUUUGGAACUGCUCCUGUUGUUUGCUAAGAUUGGGAAUCCUUACGCAUGUUGGAAACGCUCAUGAGCUAGAAUUUGAAAUGGAAAAUCAGUGAGGCUGAGGUUGAUGGCAGAAUAUUUCCAGGUGAUGAUAAAAUUAGCUGUGGGACCUAAUUAAUUACAUGAAGGAGACUUGAGGGCAGUAACAUAGUAUCAUCACAUUAUACCUUAGCUUGCACUUAAAUGAUUUUAGGACUACAGUCUAUAUUUGUUUCACAAGAAAUUCAAACAAAAACAGGCUUGUAUCCUCCUUGAAUUUCCAUAGGCAUGAUGAAUAGGGUGUUUUUCUCUGAUUACUUUCUCCACUGGGAGAACUCAUAGGAAAUAUUCCUGGGGGUCUCCCUGGAGCAACAUUGGGGGGCAUUUGGGAGGGGGAAAUCAGUGAAAAUUGUCCCUCCUUGCAUGUGAAGCAAUUCUGAGUGGGAUCCCAGCCAAUAUUCACAGCUAUUAGAUCCAAUUCAUUCAUUGCAUAGAAGUGGGGAUGAAAACUUGAAAGAAGUAUGGGCAUCUCUCAUUCAUUCUACACGUUGUGCCCUCAACCAGAUCUGUCACCUUCAGAGGUAGUAGACAUUGUUCCUCUGUUUUUCCCAACCUGCUUUUGUGUAAUGUUAAUGACUGUUCUCAGAUCCCCAUUUCUCUGGAGAUGGUUUAGCCUCCCACUUAAAAUCCUUUUUUAACGCUGUAUUAUAGCCUGAAUUUUAUGUUUGAAAUGGUGAGAGGCACUUUCCUUCCCUGCCCGGAAGUAGCAUUUAACGGGGCAGAGAUUUCUCAUAUUGCACAUUCUCUUCCAGAAGCCCAUUAGAAGUGCUCAUAAGAUGAAAUAUUGUCUUGGGGUUUUUUCUCCCCAGUGUAAAAGGCAAUUGUCUGUCAUAGAUUAAAAAUCAUGCUACAGUAUUACUUGAUAUUUGUAAGGGGAAAAAACCUCAUGCUAAAAUUAUACCGGUACUUUAAAUGGCAAGCCAUCUAAGAAAUAGUGGUGUAGAUAUUUACACUUUUUAGGAGUUUGUUGUAAUCUGAUUUUUUUUUAAAAAAAGAAAAGAAAAGGCUGUGCCUCUGUUAAGCUAUAUAUAUAUUAUUUCCUGAUGGAUACAAAAUAUUAGGAGAAGGCGUUAUUGUCUAAAUGGACAAAUAUGACACAUCAUGUACAAGAUGACAAUCCUGGCAAAGUGAAGCUGGCAAAAGUUGUGAAGUCAAUCAUGUUUUCCUUUGUCAGAUGAAAGGUUUUGUAAAAGCCUGAAGACUAAUUACACGAGACUUCAGAGCAGGUCAAAAGUUUGAUCAGACUAAUGCAAACUAAUGCAUCUGUUCUAGCAAGAGCUAUAACCAAUAAGAUUCUCUAUGCACAUUUUUUCUUUCUGAUUGGCUUCCAAAAUCUCAUUUUCUUUCUUCCUACCUUUUUUGGAAGUGUGUGAAAAAACAUUAGUAUUAAUGAAAAUAUUUUUAAUUGCCGCAAUGGCAAUAUUUUCCAUAUAUUUCUGAUGAAGACAUUCAGAAUAUAUGUAACAAUAUAUUAACUGUGUGUGAAAAUAUGUAUGUAUGUAUACACAUACAUACAUUGUGCUGACCGUUUCAUCCCUUUUAAAAAAUUACUGACCUCAACUUUGUCUGAGUUUUGUUAUCCUUUUGUACAAGUCAUCCCCAACAGAAAUCGCACAUUUUUGUUUUCUUGGCUGGGACCCUCUUUAGUAGUACUUAAUGUCAUAUUUUUGUAUGAGACCAAACUCAGCUGUUUAUUAUAAUUCUAUACAUUUGUUUCUUAUUUAACAAGUUACUGGUGGUUAUAAUGUGAGAUUAAUCUUAAAUUAAAUUCACCUCUUACGGUAGGCGAUGAAAACAGGAAAUGUAAAACUAUUUGACUCAUUUCCCCCCCAUCCUUUAAUCAACUGGACUAAUGGAAAGAUGCAGUUUUUCAUGGAAGUUUCACUAGUACAUGUUUUCCGGUUUUUCAAAGCUUGUACAUUUGAGACUGCAAUUUAUUCGUUAACGAGAGCAAAGUAGAGGAUUCAACCUGGAAGAUCAACCACACAACAUUACUGAGAGACAGUGGGGGGAAAUUAUGAAACUGCUUUCAUGAAAUGUUAACAUGUCAUUCUCAUUUUUGUUUUACAAGUUUUUUUUAAAGCUUUCAGUUUCUUUCAGUUUCCUAUGUACUAUUAUUAAAUGUUGCAUUUUACUUUGA